UCUAUUUUGUUAUACGUCCCUCUCUGUUAUAAUGUCUUUGUAACGCACAUACAGAGACAGACAGACAGACAGACGCGCACAUUCGAACAGAGACCUAUCUAAAUUUCGUGUCAUCUUGCCUAUCUACGACGUCAAACUGACUUUACAAUAGGACAAUUCAGUGCCAGUCUACAUCAAUAAUAUGGUUGGUUUCCCGAAACAAUCUCGUGACCAAUCUCGAGCAAUCCCGCACCUUCCAGAAAGUGCUACGGUGAUCCAGUGUUUUCGAGUCUGUUCACGAUUUUUCGCGGCAUUUUUUUAAAUCGCUUUCACCGCUACCAGGCAACCUUUUGGCCCUCUCCGCAUUAGCGGCUAGCGUCCGUCUCUGCAAUUGGCCUGUCGAUUUCGGUGCUGCGCCACUGAUUCGCGAGAGGGAGCCACUCGUCAUACUUUGAUCUGGAACCUUCGCGGCUUGAGAUAUCGUGGCCGCUGGCAAAAAUCGCUGCCGAACUUAUCAUCGAUAUUUGUUUGCUCAGUGAUGUGCGAACUUGUAUCAAUUGCAACUGUUGUUUAUACUUCUCCAUACCUGUUUAUGGGUUUUUCCGUAACUUCGUGAACUGCUUGAAGUCGUUUCAAAUCGGGUUGGUAAGCUUGUGGCGGUCCUGUCGAAGGGAGAUAAGAUUCCCUGUGAUCUUACUGAACUAAAUGGAAAGCUCAUUCAUUGUUACGAUUAGAACGAGUCCACCAUAGGAUAAGCAGUGGUUCCAGGAGCAGCAUCAAACAGCGAGACCAACAGCCAACGGCUAUACUAGCAAUAACAGCGAGGUUUCAACAACUAAGGAGACUACAACGCAAAAUAAAAAACGAGAACCAAGUGAGCUGUUGCAAAAACAAUCGGGUUAGAGUAGAUCAUACCGGAUUUACCGGCUUUUAUUAUUACUGGUAAGGAGGUAUCGGGUAGCAGCUACAUAGGCUAGAUAGCAGUGACAAAACGCAAAUAAGCUGUCAUUUUGUCAUCAUAAAUUCAGUAAAGUGCCCCCGCCUUGUCUGGCUAGGACAGUACACCACUGUGGUCGUACUUCUACAAUUGCGUCGUGUGUGUGUGCCUGUACCCCUGUAACGGUUACAGUUGGAAACUAGUUUUUCUAGAAAAAACGACCCGCAGUACCUCGAGAGAUACUGCUUCUCCAGUGUCACGACACAGUACAAGAGUCGAAGAAGACGGACAGUUUUCGCUCGACAGUAUAAGCCAGCUACGUACUGGCCAUUGCCAUCUUGGUUCUGGUGUGGCCAGGUUCUUCUCCCACCAGUGGCAGUAUAAGCUUGCUCACUGGUAGACUUAUCUCAAGUCACAGGAUACCAGACAGCAUGCAAGUAAGCAUAGGUCCACACUCGAGUAGGGCAACACAGCAGGAGGAGUGAGUAGUUGUAGCCUGUUGUUGUGCGAAUGUGGGCUGUGGUCGUCUGCGGCUGCAGCGAGUUUGAUCGUUCCUCUGUCGUAUCGCACUGUUCGUCGUGAGCGUUACGAGUAGCGAAGACGAGAAGCAACGAGAACUACGCUACCGUUCGCGAUCUCUGCGCUUUUGCCAGGCCCUCGAUAAUUUACUACCGGUGAUCGCACUUAUAUAUGUAUCACGACGUGGUUGGGCCACCAAUACGCACGCCGACAGCAGUGCCUUCCCUGCACGGACACAUAAAGAACUACGGGGCGUGAUACUGUCGGUCAGGGGCCUUUGCUGAGCAGCUUGGCUCUCUGCAGCUGCUGCUGCUGCUACAGAACAGUGGCCAGCAGAGGAUUAUGCUAUUCAGUCAGUGGUGCUUAAACGGAAGUGUGCUGCCGCUGGCCGCAACUGUCCCCAAGGUAACGUAUGGUGUCUAAACGCCGAACGUCGUACACUGGUAUAGUAGCUGUGCUGUAGAGUCAAGGUUUGUGAGAAGCCGUGUUGUCGAUACGCGCUAUGUCUGUCUUCCUGCAGGACCAUUGAACAGGCCCGAAGUAUUGCGCCAGCUGGAACAUAGUUAUUUAUAACGUGAAGUAGUACUUUGUUGUAUAACACGCUUCCUCUGUCCGCUAGAUUUGUGGUCUGUUAGUACUACAAUCAAAUGAGAGCGUUUUGAUCGUGCUAGCACGACAGUCCAAUGCAAUAUGCAUUGUUGUUAGGUGUUUUUGUUUGUAAGCAAUUGCGUUGGUGUUGUGGAGAAAGCACUCGUCUGACUACAGGCUUUUGGGCGUCUGUUCCUUAUUCCUAACCUGGAGGGACUAAGUGUUUCGCAAAGAGCGGAAUUUACGUUAGCUUGUAACGAACUUCUGCAAUUCUCUAAUAAAUCGAUUGAAUAAACUCCUGUAGAAUCCCGUUCUCAGUUUCCCUUUCGAAAGCAGUGUUUGGUCCUCAAGAUUGGUUACAACAAGCAUUUUUGUACGUUGCCAAAACAAACCUGCAUCCCCAGGAAAGUUGUUUCUGCCACUUAACGUAACCCAGCAAAUUGACAACAGAACAUCUAGAAUCAAGCUUACUCGUUCAUCUGUGUGUUUGUACUUAGUAGCCUAUGAGUAGCGGUGAACCCCUACAAAAGGCAAUCAUUGUGUAAGCCAUCGCCCAAGCGGCGGCGCCGUGCGCGACCCAACGAACUGUUCGAACUCGCUUAGAGGCAAGAAGAUUGUAACACACUACAACGGGGAAACUCAUUAUAUAAUACAGAGCGCGAAGAUUACCCGCUGAGAGCCGUACAUCGAAUGCCGUCAGCUACGCGACGCAAUACCUUGGAUCGUUGCGAAUCGGGAGGUUCCGUACGGAAAAGGUGAAAGUGUUAUAGUGUCUCAGAGGUAGAUCGAGUACCGGGCGUAGAUGCCGAUCAGUGAGCGGCCGUCAUUCAGUAACAAGGAAAGAAGUACAAGAAUAAACUUCUUUUCUUCGAUAUACUUCAUCAUUUAUGGAAGGGUUCGGAUAGAUUUAAAAUGGCAAAGGAUCUGUACAGUAUUCUUGGUGUAACCAAGGAUGCCACUCUUGAUGAAAUUAAGAAAGCAUACCGUAAGUUGGCACUUAAAUAUCACCCAGAUAAAAACAAGUCACCUGAGGCAGCUGAGAAAUUUCGAGAGGUAAGCUCAGCUUACGAGAUCUUGUCGAAUAAGGAAAAGCGUGAAACCUAUGACAAAUUUGGCGAAGAGGGUCUUCGUGUUGGAGGUGCCGGAGGCGCCGGUGGCAGAGGACCAGGGGGCACGGGCAGUGGAACGCGGUUCUACACGUCAACCGAUCCGAUGUCCACAUUUGCACAGUUUUUCGGCACUGAUAAUCCGUUUGAGAACUUUUUCAAUCUAAGCGGCACUGGCUUAGGUAGCGGCGUUAGUGGCAACUUCUUUGAAGAUCACAUGGAUGUCGACGCUGGAGACAUCUUCGGUCCUGGUUUAAGGAAUCACGCUUUUCGCUCGCAGUCCUUCACCGCCGGCACCCGAAAAUCUCCGAAACAAGACCCUCCAGUUGAGCAUGAUCUGUUCGUCAGUCUCGAGGACAUUCUGAAGGGAUGCACAAAGAAGAUGAAAAUUUCUCGAAAGGUUCUCGCUCCAGACGGAAGAACGACACGCCGUGAAGAAAAGGUGUUAACCAUCAACGUAAAGCCCGGUUGGAAAGCCGGGACCAAGAUCACGUUUCAGAAAGAGGGUGAUCAGUCGCCAGGCACGACGCCUGCCGAUAUCGUGUUUAUUAUUCGUGACAAACCACACGAACUGUUUAAACGGGACGGAGUAGACAUUCGUUACACGGCAAAGAUUACCCUCCGAGAAGCUCUGACUGGGACACGAAUCCAGGUACCGACUCUACAAGGCGGAACGGUAUCACUUCAUUACAAUGAGUUAAUUAAGCCUACAACGACGAAACGUGUACAGGGCCAAGGACUGCCCUAUCCUAGGGACCCUUCGAAACGUGGUGAUAUGAUCAUUUCGUUCGAUAUCCGGUUUCCUGAUCAGCUUCCACCAGCCACUAAGGAGAUCCUCUACGAUGCGCUGCCAGCGAAAUGAAGUGCCCAGACCCUCGAUAUACAGCAAGCAACAAUAUAUAAAUGUGACUAGCAGAGCAAAAUAGCAGCAAUGAACGACAUAAGAAGACUGCACGGCUACGACCAAUCGAUUAGUCAUAACAACAACAAAGCGACGACGAGAGCACAACGUUACAAGAAAUUAUCAACGUGCCGGUCAUAGCCUUAUAUCUACACAACCUUAAUAUAUACGACGUGACAUUCAUUUUACAUAAUAGUUUAAGAGGAUGAUUGUUGAUCACCUCAUGCUACAAGCCACUUGAAGGCCGUCUCAACAAAUUUAUUCCUGUAUCUUCCUGCAACAAUGUGUACAACUACAAAUACCAGUUCGAAGCCCUUUCACUCCUUCAAGCCGCCACGAACUACACGGGAGGUAAUAUCCUAACAGAUUUUGAUGUGCACUAAGUACCACCUUGCUGCAGUUAGAGCAAUACGCUGCACCCAAGAGGCUUCGCGAUGGGUGUUUUUAACAUGUUCAAACAACAUAAGACACAGGCCCACUCUUUCAGCUGCCCCAGGAAACAGAACGUUACCCGACGACAUGGAAAAGUUGUGUGAGAUUUAAGCAGGCCAUAAUUGCAAGAAGGGGUCGAUUGUGAACGCGAUAGUGUUAAAUACAACAAAACGAUAGAACUCAGUUGUGUAUCCGUUCUUCAUAUGCCAGCCGGGGUCUGAGUGUCGUAUCAAUCUGUACGUAUGUCUUUGUGUGUGCGAAACGUGAAUGGAUGCACAGUAACGAGUAGUGGACGUUUGUUUUCUGCGUUGCAAGUUAGUCACGAUUGCAGUGUGUGACAACGACAUGCAGAGAUGCUUGGAUGCUUCUUUUUUAUACUUUGUGGAUAAUAAUAGUUAGUCACUAUACGUACGAUAGUGACAAUUGAGUAUAAAAUCGGUACGAAUGUCACACUAUUUGAAGUCAUUGGAGUGCGAGAUAGACCUAUUCCAGUUGUAUCGUUAAAUUAAGUGACUGGUUUAAAAAAUAGGAAAAUUUACGCAAAUCCUAUGCAUAAAUUAGACGUGACUUCAUGUAAGGGCUACGAUGUGCGUGCACACGCGUGUAUGAGGAUAUUUUCAGUGCAUAGGAAUAUGCCUUUAAUAUCACUUAGUUAUUGUUGUCUGCAAGCAACGAAAGGGAUGUACUAUAAAUAGAUGUACCCUAUAUUUUGAAGUAGUGGAUACAAUACUUUACCAAGUCGUUGAUGAUAAAGACUAGUGAGCAAAAAAGACAUUGCUUUACUGCUUCCUGAGCUUUGGUAGAUUAUUGGUAUAUAUAUAUUAACGUGGUAAUCAAGGUUGAGAUCUUUUUGAUGGUCGGUGUUGCUGGACAGAGUAAGUUGAUUAUUAGUGAGCGAAACUAUCUGAUCUAGGUUAGUUAAUCUUUUAGGAUCAUAAGCUCUAUCUAUUGAAAAAAUCUAAAUAUUUACAAACGAAUAUAAAAAUCAGCUUAUACCUACAUAGCUACGAGAGUGAAAUUAGCACUUGUUUUUGGAUGACUCAGAUUGAUUUAGUUAGGGUAGCGCCUUGACCAGAUAGCCGCAACAAGUGAAGAUAGCAUUUAAAGAGACAAUGGAAAUAUCCUGCUGUUACUUUUCUGAUGAAAUGUUACGAAAGCAAGUUCAUUUGUAAACUAAGUUGUUUACUUCGUGCACUUUUUUUUCGGCAAUGUAAUAAUAAAUUAUUAUGUUAUGCGAUCAGUUCGUUAAACAAUGCGUAAUGAAAGACAAAUCCUUCAUUACGUGUCACAGAAUUUGUUUUUUGGCUAUUGAUGUUACAACAGCGACUGGGUGCUUCGUGAGGUGGUGGAUCAUGCCGCUAACAUGUUACGUUUCAUUUGGAAACAUUUAUCACACUAACUUGUGGAAUGCAGUUUAUAAACACACGCGUUUCUGCCAUAUGCUACUCAUUAUUUAGCUAGCAGCGACCCGAUUCGAGAACAGUUAAACCUAA